CACAGCCGAAGCAUGCCACUUUCUUGCUUGAAACACAGCAACUUCCUAUCAAAUACUUAAUAUGGCUACUGCAAGUAUCCUUGAUCUUGCAAGCUCCAUCGAGCAGAACACUCGCGUCGUGUACGAGUACCUGCAAGAAAAUGGCUUACCUGAACCCUCCUUCGAGGCCACAUCUCCACCGGAUCUGCCGCUGCCGCCGAAUGUCUCUCAGGCAAAGGAGGCUGCCUUGGAGGCCAUGGAUGAGUUGCAAACUUUGCUCUUAGGUCCUAUGCCGAAGAUCUUUCAUGAGCUAAUUCACACGCCCACCAGCCUGACCAGCCUCCACGCCGUCGCUAGAUUCAAGAUGGCGAACGCAUUUCCAGCAACGUCGACAACUACUGUUCCAGAGCUUGCGAAGGCAUCCAGACUAGACGAGGGGGACUGCAUUCGGCUGGUGCGCCACGCAGUUGCAAACCGCCUUCUCCUCGAGAAGUCUCCAGGUGUUAUUUCACACUCCGCUAUGAGCAGUGCCAUUGCGAACGUUCCUCUCCUCAGGGAGUGGAUUGAAGAGUCUUGCGAGAAUAUGUGGUCCUCCGGCCCGCGCAUCGUUUCUGCCAUGGAAAAGUGGCCGGGAUCAGAAGAGCCCCACCAAACCGCCUAUAAUAUUGCACACCACACGGACCUCUCGUUCUUCGAAAACAUCGCGAGCGAUACAACAGGGACGCGGGCGAAGAGAUUCGCCGAGUCGAUGAGCUUCUUCCAAGCUAGUCCAGGAAUGCAGACCUCGCUAGUCGUCGACAACUACAACUGGGGAGAUUACAAAACCAUGGUCGACAUUGGCGGUUCCCACGGUGCCGUGCCCUUGGAGCUGACCAAGCGCUUCCCCGACAUGAAAUGCACCGUUCAAGACCUCCCGGAAGUGAUCGCAACAGCGCCAAAGAACGUUGAACGCGUCGACUUCCAGGCGCACGACUUCUUCACCGCGCAACCUGUGAAAGGCGCCGAUGUCUACUUUUUUAGGAUGAUCCUCCAUAAUUGGAGCGAUAAAUACUGCAUCCAGAUUCUUCGCAAUAUCAUACCGGCGAUGAAGAAGGGCUCAAGGGUCGUUAUCAACGAUCACGUGGUUCCGGCGCCAGGGAUCCUGAGUCCAUACAAGGACCGGUCGGUUCGCGCGUUCGACUUGGUCAUGAAGGAGUGCUUUAAUGCGAAGGAGCGGGAUAUUGAUGACUGGACGGAGUUGUUGAAGAAGGCCGAUGAGCGGUUCGUGAUUGCUGACGUUAAGCGGCCGGAGGGCUCGCAGCUGCAGAUUAUCGACGUGCAGUGGGAUACGUGACGAGUAUCGAUUGGGUUGGGCUGCAAUGCAGGUAGGUAGUUGUCGAGCUCUUUUGCGGACAUGUGCUGCUGCGCCGCAGACCAGGCAGGCUGAUGUGGCCAAUGACGGCUUGGUAGAGAGUUUUUACAGGGCGCGAGGCUAGGGCCCUGUUUACUGUCGCGCCGCAGCGUCCGGCGAGAGCGAGCAGGGAUAAAAUAAGCUUAAAAUAUAGCGUCUUUUUCUUCAAAACGAAAAAGUACGGCGAGAAUGAAGGCAG